AUGCGCUGCAUUCUCUCCCUUCUCUCCUCCGUGGCCCUGGUGGCCGCCCACGGUUACGUCGAGAGCGCGACCAUCGGAGGAAAAGAGUACGAAUUCUACAACCCCAACGUCGACCCCUACUCCAACCCCACCCCCGAGCGCAUCUCGCGCCCAAUCCCCGGCAACGGCCCCGUCGAGGACAUCUCUUUGAUCGACAUCCAGUGCAACGGCUACACUGCCGGUGGUGUCAAGGGCAGCCAGCCUGCUGCUCUGCACGCCGAGGCUGAGGCCGGAUCUACUGUCAACCUUCGCUGGACUCUCUGGCCCGACUCUCAUGUCGGUCCUGUUCUGACUUACAUGGCUCGUUGCCCUGAUGAGGGUUGCGAUGCUUGGGAGCCUGCCAGCGAGAAGGUGUGGUUCAAGGUUCAGGAGGCUGGGCGAGAGGGAACCUCCAACAACUGGGCUGCUACCUCGCUCAUGAAGGCCGACAACGAGGGCAUCGACUACACCAUCCCCAGCUGCCUCAAGCCCGGCUACUACCUCGUCCGCCACGAGAUCAUUGCCCUCCACGCCGCCUACCAGUACCCCGGAGCCCAGUUCUACCCCGGCUGCCAUCAGCUCAAGGUUGUCGGUGCCGGCUCGACCGUUCCCACUGACCUCGUUGGUUUCCCUGGGGCCUAUGCUCAAAACGACUCCGGCAUCGUCUAUGACGCCUACAAGGCUUCCACCUACAAGAUCCCUGGCCCUGCUCUGUUCACCUGCUAA